AUGUUCAGCUCGCUGCGAGAUACGUUUUCUGCUGCUGCGGAUGGCGGCAACAUGACGGUGGGUGCCCUCAUGCAGAGUAAGACGCGACCCGCCCUCACAGGCUACCUCGUCAAAGAGGGAGGCGUCGUUAAAUCGUGGAAGAAGCGAUUCUUCAUCCUGCACGAAUCCACGCUCUACUACUUCCGUGAUAAUCGCAAGGACACUAUACCAGCGGGCAGGGUGAGCCUGCGCGACGCGACCGUGCGCACGGCGGGCACGGUUACAGGCAAGCUAAACUCUUUCGGGAUUCAAGCAGCAGACCGAACAUACUACUUCCAGGCGGAUUUGGGUCUCACUCUUGGCCGCGACGUUGUAGAUUCGGACAAGGAGCGGCAGAACUGGAUGCUCGCCUUGCACGCAGCCACUGCCGACAGCGAGGGAAAGGACAGGUUUGGUGGGGGCAGCCUCCGGGAAGAUUCUCAGGAGGGGUCUACUCCCCAGGCCAUCUGCACCAGCGAUCGCGCAUUCGUCACCCAGGCGGCUCGGUGGCUCAUCUCCACCAAAGGCAACACCACCCGAACCAUCGCUUUCGCUUUCUCUUUCGCUUUUGUCCGCGCUUUCGCUGAUGGCUAUUCGCCAGGCGUCUGGGCCAAGGGGCUGUUCUGCGAAGCCGGCCUCUCACACGAAGUUGCUGCGAUACGGAAACAAGUGGCGUCCGCUCACGUCGCCGUUUCCACAGGAGGCGAGAUCGACAUUUCGCAUAUGUGUCCGCACUCAGUAGCCGCGGCCCUCAAAAUGUCAUUGCGUGAAUCUGGCCCGCUUAUCCCGCAUUCGCUGUUCCUGCGGUACGUGGCUGUGGCUGAGGGCCACAAGAGCGAUCGCACACGGCGACGAGAGCUAAAGGCCCUUUUCGACGACCUGCACACAUCUCAACAACAAAUCCUCAACUUGGUCGUGGCGCUCCUGCAGGAAACGAGCGAUCGAGCACCCGAUGAGGGCACGCCGGCUAGUCAUCUCUCAGUGAUCUUUGCGCCGCUCAUCGCUCCCAACCUGGAUCUACCGAGCUACUUUCCGCAGCUCGCCUACAAUGCUCUCCUUCUCAUCACCAAGGACGACGGUGACGACGACGACAAUGGCGACCAUGUAGUAGCGGUCUAA